UCAUUUUCCUGCACUAGCUGUUGUCCAAAAUUUUACAAAAUACACAAAUUUGUUCUACUUUUCGUGAAUUCCUAAUGAAAUUGGAGAUAAUCAACAGUUAUGAGUAGUGAACCGGAAAGUGACGACAGUUUAGGACAAGAGUCCGAUACCGACGACGAACUCAACACAGAUGUUGAUGUAGAGUACACGGAGGAGAGUCAAGAGUCGCUGCAGCCCGUUGUACGACGCCAAAACUUUCAGAGAAUUGUCACACAAGACAAUGGCCAUGUUUCGCCCGAAACGGCCAUGUUUCACGGGUUUGACGCUAAUCUGGAACCACUGGAGCCACUCGAAGAACUUCUUCCGCCAGAACUGUUAGCAUUGGCAGAACUCCCAGACGAGCCUGAGGUUCAGCCAGUUGCUGCAUCGGCAGAUGCUGCAAACGAUGUGGAAACUCUCGAGGCAGAGCUGCAGGCACUGGAGGAGCCCGAAGAACCACAUCCACAGCCGCCCAGUCCGCCCACCAACUCGCACAGAGCCCCAGAACAGGGCAAUGUUAUAGAUUUAGACACCCCAUCGCCGCCAAAGAAACGCAAGCGUCUAUCCGCUGCAGACACAAGCCUAAAGAAGUCGCCCGAGUCGACAAAGGCACCAGCGCCGCCGCCAGAGGACGAAGAUGAUGGCUUGACCUGUCCCAUCUGCCUGGACUCGUGGGAGAUGAGCGGAGAGCAUCGUUUGGUCUCUCUGCGCUGCGGCCAUUUGUUUGGCGAGGCUUGCAUACGCCGCUGGCUGGGCGAAAGCCAGAAGCAGUCGUCCGUGAAGGUGUGCCCACAGUGCAAGACGAAGGCGACGUACAAGGACAUUCGGCAUCUGUAUGCCAAGCGCAUCCUCGUAGUGGACACCGAAAUCAGGGAUCAGCUGGAGGAGGAGCGGAGACGUAAUCACAUCCUAACCACAGAGCUGUCGGCCAUUAAGCUGGCUCACUAUGUGACUGCCGAUAAGCUGCUGCAAACGACAAAGAAAUAUAAUCAGCUGGUGUCCAUGACUGAGGGCACUGGCGGUCGUGGCGCUUACUCCCUGCUGUCGGGUGCCACCAAGAAGCGUGUGCCCCUGCAGCAGCUGCCCAUGCAUCGGCUGUACAUGGAGAAGAACUUUGAGAUUACACGCGAUCCCGGCUGCCGCGUGCUGCACUUCUCCGGCAGACAAUCGCUGCUCAUGGCCAGCCAGAAGAGUGGCCAGAGCCUGUUCCCUGGUUACGGUGUGCGCUUCAUCGAUCCCUUGACCUUCCAGCCGCUGCAGUUCCUCUACACCACACCCAUGAUGGUGCGGAACAUUGCUUUCAGUGACACGAAGCAGCUGCUGGCUGUGUCCAGUCGCGAGUCCAAGAUCAAGCUGUUCGAUGUGCGCACCAAGCUGCAGUCGUGCAUGGUCACUGCCAAUGAUAGGAAGCUGUGGGCAUGCGCUCUGGAUCGGAAUGAUCGUGAUAAUGUGCUCUAUGGCGGGGAUCUGCGUGGCGGUGUCUACAUUUAUGACGUGCGCUUUCCCGAUAACAUUCUCAGCCAAUUCCAGGCAGAUGAGAACUUUAGUCCUGUGAUUCACAUUGAGGCUGUGCCACCUAAUAAGACCUUCCACAAUGGCGGAUUCCUCGUCUGCCAGCUGUCCGCGUUGACUUUCUACGAAUUUUGCACGCCCGGCGAGGUGGCCCAGCCCACGCGACUCAAUGUCGAUGGACCGUUCCUCUCCAUGCAGUACGAUUAUGUGCAGGACACGCUGCUCAUUUCGGCACGCUGCAAUCCGAGCUCACCCAACUCGCGCUUUGUGCUCGGCCAACUGGACAAGAUCGACAACAUUCCGGUGCUGCGUGUGCGGGUGACCAUCUAUGGUCCACCAGCCACGCCCAUUAUGACACGACCCACACAGCUGGGUGUCGAGGAUAACACGCUGAUUGUGGGCUACUUGCAGGAGAGCAAGCAACUGAUGCUGCACGAUGUGCGACGCGAGGAGCGUGUGCAAACGAUGCCCGUCAACGAGGUGAUCUAUGACUUUUGUCCAGUGAGCAAUAGCAAUGGCUCCUAUUUGGCUGCCCUGACCGAUAACAAGUGUCGCGUGUACAAGCUUAACAGCACGGGUUAGAGUUAGUAGAGAGAGAGAGCGCUGGCAGAUUGGUACAUUUUCUGUGAAAAUGUUUCCACAAGCUUCAAUUUAAAUUUGUUUAGUUCUUAAUCAUUUCUUUUGUUUAUUAAAACA